AUGCAGAUCUUCGUCAAGACUCUGACUGGUAAGACCAUCACCCUCGAGGUGGAGUCUUUCGAUACCAUCGACAACGUCAAGGCCAAGAUUCAAGACAAGGAGGGUAUCCCACCUGAUCAGCAGCGAUUGAUCUUUGCAGGAAAGCAACUCGAGGACGGCCGCACUCUUUCCGACUACAACAUCCAGAAGGAGAGCACCUUGCACCUUGUAUUGCGAUUGCGCGGUGGUAUGCAGAUCUUUGUCAAGACGUUGACUGGCAAGACCAUCACUCUCGAAGUCGAGUCCUCUGACACGAUUGACAAUGUGAAAGCCAAGAUCCAGGACAAGGAAGGUAUUCCUCCUGACCAGCAGCGUCUUAUCUUCGCCGGGAAGCAGUUGGAAGAUGGCCGAACUCUCUCGGAUUACAACAUCCAGAAGGAGUCCACCUUGCAUCUCGUCCUCCGUCUUCGUGGUGGUAUGCAGAUUUUCGUCAAGACGUUGACUGGCAAGACCAUCACUCUUGAGGUCGAGUCGUCGGACACCAUCGACAAUGUCAAGGCUAAGAUCCAGGACAAGGAAGGUAUUCCUCCUGACCAGCAGCGAUUGAUCUUUGCAGGAAAGCAACUCGAGGACGGCCGCACUCUUUCCGACUACAACAUCCAGAAGGAGAGCACCUUGCACCUUGUAUUGCGAUUGCGCGGUGGUAUGCAGAUCUUUGUCAAGACGUUGACUGGCAAGACCAUCACUCUCGAAGUCGAGUCCUCUGACACGAUUGACAAUGUGAAAGCCAAGAUCCAGGACAAGGAAGGUAUCCCACCUGACCAGCAGCGUCUCAUUUUCGCCGGAAAGCAGCUUGAGGACGGUCGAACCCUCUCGGACUACAACAUCCAGAAGGAAUCGACCCUCCACUUGGUUCUCCGUCUCCGUGGUGGUAUGCAGAUUUUCGUCAAGACUCUGACAGGAAAGACGAUCACUUUGGAAGUUGAGUCCUCUGACACCAUCGACAAUGUCAAGGCUAAGAUCCAGGACAAGGAAGGUAUUCCUCCUGACCAGCAGCGAUUGAUCUUUGCAGGAAAGCAACUCGAGGACGGCCGCACUCUUUCCGACUACAACAUCCAGAAGGAGAGCACCUUGCACCUUGUAUUGCGAUUGCGCGGUGGUAUGCAGAUCUUUGUCAAGACGUUGACUGGCAAGACCAUCACUCUCGAAGUCGAGUCCUCUGACACGAUUGACAAUGUGAAAGCCAAGAUCCAGGACAAGGAAGGUAUUCCUCCUGACCAGCAGCGUCUUAUCUUCGCCGGGAAGCAGUUGGAAGAUGGCCGAACUCUCUCGGAUUACAACAUCCAGAAGGAGUCCACCUUGCAUCUCGUCCUCCGUCUUCGUGGUGGUAUGCAGAUUUUCGUCAAGACGUUGACUGGCAAGACCAUCACUCUUGAGGUCGAGUCGUCGGACACCAUCGACAAUGUCAAGGCUAAGAUCCAGGACAAGGAAGGUAUUCCUCCUGACCAGCAGCGAUUGAUCUUUGCAGGAAAGCAACUUGAGGACGGCCGUACUCUUUCCGACUACAACAUCCAGAAGGAGAGCACCUUGCACCUCGUCUUGCGCUUGCGUGGAGGUAAUUGA